AUAUCAUAUAAAACCCUCAGAGGAGUGUUUGAUAAAGCCUUUCGCAGUUGCAAAAGAUCAAUAAUAAUCAGUCUUGAAGAAGUUCAAAGGCAAGUUUGCAGAAUUUUUAUGAGAUAAUUAUGAUCCGAAAUCCAGUAGUGAUUUCCUGUGUUUGUCGUCAUGAAUUUUUAAUAUGUUUGAGAAAACUUUUACAAUCCAUUUCAGGUUAGUCAACACGUUACUCAGUGUUAGUAUCUCCAAGCAGUCAAGAACAAACUGGCAUGCUAUUCGAAAUCAGGUUUGUGAAUGCACCUUUAGCCUCAAACAACUUUCUCUCCAGAGCUCUAGACUUCUAAAACCCUUCUUGCCAUUUUCAUGUCAAAGGGCUAUUUGCCUCUCGCGGGGGAAUAUGAGGAGAAGGUAUAGGCGCAGAGGUGUUAGAACCAGCCGCAUUCGGCACCUCAGUUCUUCUUAAUAAAUCCCCCUACAGCCGCCCUUUCAUCUCUCACGUCCCUUUCAACGCUGUCCCUUUCCCAACCCUCCAUUCGUCGCAGUAUAUGAACUGUGUACACUGGUUAUUUUGACUGAGUUUGUUGCACGUCGUCUAUGAGUAUUUAUAUUUGUCAAUCAUGUGGUAUAUACACGGAAUGCCGAAAGGUAACGGAUGAUGUGGCAUUAUUAGGUGGAUACAAAUACGAUUGUUGUAUGUUCCUGUCAAAUAGCGACCAUCAAGUUCUUAUUCAAGAUCUCGAGAUAGUCUGUCCGUGGAUACUGAAACACUCUCCAAUAUGUCCCCGAUGUCAACAGGAACUGAAAAUAUGUUUCAGUAUGGAUAAUCCCAAACCAGAUCCCGAAAAGACUAAUUUGUGUAAGUAGUGACUGCUUCCUUUUUUAUCUUUUUACAAUUUUUCUCGGAAUUAUUUCAUUUUUGAAUAAUUAAGAACCUAAAUUUUUCAUUGCAAUCAUGUAAUACCCAAACGAGUUUAUAAGAGUCUGCGCCGUGGUUGUGUUGCUUGUACGUGUUUGCAAACAGAUAAUACGAUUACACUUAGCUAGGCUGUCUUCGAAGUUCUUCUGUUUAGGUAAUGGCCAUUAACGUUAGACCCUGCUCACAAUAUUUAACAAAGAAGCUCCAGAACCUUAAAUCAUGAAAAAAAAAAAUCAAAAUAUUUAUUAAGAACAAAAGUGGAACGAGCCGAAGCCAAAGGUUACUCUUGAAGAUCCAAAUAAUCAUAAAAUCGUGGUUCGGAGUCGUGGUAAGAAAGGCCAUGCGUCAUUAAAGCGGGGAGCCACAUUUUCGUGAAACGAAAACAGCAACAAUAUUUUAGUUUUUUAGUUAGAGCAUUGUUGAAGUCGUUUCAACAUAACUUGUAAGUUGAAUUUCAAAUGAUUCAACGUAGAUUCAUAGCAAAAUUUGCCAAACGAAAGGCAAACAGCCUAUGAAGUGACCGUCUAGUCAACAAGAAAAAAGGGGUUAAAUAAUGUUUUUAUAAUAACAUUUGGGUUUACGAAGCUGGCAGUGGCCUGUCACAUCAGUAUAAACCCAUUAAACCUGGUUCAAAACACGGACAGCUGCCAGCUUUAAUUCCACCGGAUAAAUCACUAUCCUGGGGAUACGUAUUAAGGAAAACAGUUGCACUAUCCAGUGGAUAGAGAUUUAUCCAGAGGAUAGAGUUAACAUAAACCUUUUGAGCAACUAAGCGCUGAUCGCGCCGUGUGAAAGUGUAAAAUGUGAUGUAUAAUGAGCAUAAAAUGAGCAUUCUUUUGGGGAUAAUUCAUUCUUUAUUGCUUUGCAAGGCGUUAAGACGCGACAAGGAUCGACA